AUGAUAAUUGCAAGAAUAAUAGAAUUAGAAACAGAUUUUAUUAAUCCAAUCAUAAACAAUUUAUAUGAACUAGUAACAAGCAAUGAAAUAGACAAUGAUAUGAAGAGAAAAUCCGUUCAGUGCUUCCAAAAUAUUUUGCAAUCAAAAGCAAAUAUUGAAUUCACGUUAAUUUCACAGUUUUAUGCUCUUCUCAUGGAUUUUAUAAUGAUAGAUGAUUUUGAUAUCAAUGAUAUUGUUCAUUUCAUUCAAGUAAUUAACUCUAUCUAUCAAAGCCAGAAAGAUCAAACAAUUUUUAAAGAUGAUUUUCCAAAAUUUCUUGAAUGCACACACAAAUGGAUAACUAAAGCAGCAGAAAUUAGUGAAAGAGAUAUAAUAAUAGAGAUUCUCAAGGUAGAUAUAGAUAUUUUAAAUAGAACAAUUGAUUCGGAUGUUUUUCCUGAAAAUUCUUUCCAAACAUUAUUCACUUUGUUAUUACAGACAGAUAAUGAGAUGAUUUUCACUGAAACAUUGAAUGCAAUUAAUUAUUCUUUAGAAAAUUUUAUGAAAAUGUUAAAAGAAAAGAAUCAAAUAGACACAUAUAAUAAAUUUGUGAACAUCAGAUUUGCUAGAUCAUCUAAUCUCCUCAAAAAGUUCUUGAUUCCUGUGGAAGAAAUGCCAAAUUAUUCAUUUUUUGUUGAUUUUGGAAAUUUUGCCUUUGAUUUAUUGUUUCAAGUCCUUUCUAUUGUUGAAAAUACUGAUAGAAUUGUUGAUGACGAUAAUUUACCAAAAAAUUAUUUAUCAAUGUCAAUUCUUGAAAAAUUUGCAAAAUUGGAUAUGUCAAUAGCUGAAAAACUUAUUAGUUUACUUAUUCUUUAUGAUCAUAUCAAUGAUGAGAGUGAUUUUCUUAGAAAUUUGUCAAUAAUUAAAAUUUUAUCUAAUGUGAAAGUUUACAAAUCACUUAUUGCACCUGUUAUUAAUGAAAAUGUAAUGUUUCUAUUAAGUUGUGCACAGAGUUCAACGAUUUAUAUUAGAGAAUUAGCUUUAAUUUCAUUAUCUCAAAUUCAUUUAAGGAGAAGUUUAAUUAAUCUUCAAACAUUAUUAGAAUUAGUACAACAGCAAGCAGAUUACCAUCCAAAGUUUAUUUGCCUAGCGAUUUGGACUUUAAUUCACUUUGUCUGUUUUUCUGACGGAUCUGGUAAUGAAAAAUAUCGUCUUGAUGAAGAAGAUCAACAAAAUAUUAUGCAGUUAUAUGAUUUUAUUCAAUCAUCAAAAUCAAAUGAAGUAAAAUCAAUGGGAAUUGAACUUCUGGCAAGUGUAUGCAACAGAAUGCAUGAGAGUUAUAUAGUGAAUGUCCUAGAAAACACUUGUAAUUCGUUGAAAUCUUAUAUGAAUCCAAAUAUAGAAUUAUAUCAAGAAGAAAUUGAAGAAAAGAACUACCAUUUCUCCGUAUUGAAGGCUAUUGUAUCGAAUUGGUAUCAAAUAUAUACUAGUCCUGAAUAUUUGUGGAAUUUUGUAAAUGAAAUGGCUUUGUUUAGAGAUUUUGAUGCUAAUGAUAUUAUCCUAGAUAUAGUUAAGCGAAAAAGUAUCAAAACUGAAACGAAUUUUGGCGAAAUUAUUAACAAAAUUUGUGAUCUUUGUUUUUCAUCUGGUGAUCCUAAUUUGAUUGCACAGGGUACCUCAUUUGGAGCAUGUCAAUUCAGUUUAAAUCCUGAUUUUAGUCGAUCUCUCGAAAUUUCUCAAAGGAUUUUGAAUCCUAACAUAAAUCAAGAUUGUCGGAUCGAAGAAGUCCCAACUCUUCUUGAAUCUCUUCAAAUAUUUGUCGAUUCUUUCAGAAAUGUUGAAAUAAUCCCUGAUGAUUGCAUUGAUUUGAUAUUUUCUGCAAUUAAUAUAAUAUAUUUGAAUUUUGAUUUUAGAUAUGAUGAUGAAUUUUCAUCUAAUCUUAGUGACAUUACGUUUGUUAGAGUAUUUGAGUUUUAUGAGCAUCUAAUCUCAGUCCAAAGUCAAAAGAUGAGUGAUUUCUUUGCAAACACAUACAAAAUAAUAUUUAAAUUUGCUGACAAAUUAUGCCAAUUCAGUAAUGUUAGCAAAGAAGUUUUAGAUUCUUAUAUGAAACUCGUAGGUGAGGCAUGUAAGCAUAUAAAAGAUAACAGGCAAAGAGUUUUCAUGACUAGAAAAGUCAUUGUUCAGCCUCUUCUUUUCGGAGCUUCAAUGGUUUCUAAUCAGCUUCAAGAUUCAUAUAAUAAUGUUCUUUCUUCUCUCAUUAAAUCAACUAAAUAA